GGGGGGGAGAGGCAGCACUGGAGGACUUUUUAAAAAGAGGAGGUCAUAGAUCCAGCAGCUGCCUUGAUAAAAGAAUCUGGUGGAAGAGGAAAGUGAUCAACUUGUGCAGGUGGAGGCUGUUUGGAGAAGAAGGGAAGAUGAGGACAGAGCUGGACUCAGUCGUUCCGGAAACAAGAAAAAGCCCUGUUGCCAUGGAGGCUGGGAGCAGAAGGGAACUGUGGGAAGGAACCUUGCAGAAGAGCUUGGGAGAGGAUUUUCCCCCUUCAGAUGUGCAGCGCCAGCAAUUCCGACACUUCCGUUACCAGAAGGCUGAAGGGCCCCGGAAGGUCUGCAGCGAACUCUACCGCCUUUGCCUCCAGUGGCUGAAGCCAGAAAGGCACAGCAAGAAGGAGAUCCUGGACCAGGUGAUCUUGGAGCAGUUCCUGGCUGUCCUGCCCCCGAAGAUGGAGAAGUGGGUCAGGGAAUGUGGGCCAGAGACCAGUUCCCAGGCAGUGGCCCUCGCAGAAGGGUUCCUCCUGAGCCAUGCAGAUGACGAGAAUCAAGACCAGGAGGUGCAGGAAAGGAUCCUGUGUCACUCCGGAGCAGCUUUUCUGGGCGAGGCCUUGAAACCAAGAAUAAAUUUUUUGCCAUAUCCUUGCAGCAGAGAGAAAGCAACUUCUAUGUGGCCCAAGCAGGGUCCUGUGACCUUCAAGGAGGUGUCUGUUCAUUUCACUGAGGAGGAGUGGGCUCUACUGGAUCAGGAAAAAAGAAGUCUUCACAAGGAAGUCAUGGAGGAGAAUUUUCGGAAUGUGGCCUCUCUGGGUCUUACCAGUCUCCUAUUUAUUCCAGAGGCUAAUGGUCCCCAGAAAAAGCCUGAGGGAGAACCACAACAACUUCCAUUGGAAGAGGAACCGCAGAUUAGGAGCAAUUGGACAAAACAAAAAAGGGGGAAUGAAUCAUCCCUUCAACGAAUCCACACAGGGGGGAAACAAAAUAUAUGCGUAGAGUGUGGGAAGAGCUUUGUUCAGAAGAAAGCACUUACUGCCCAUCAACGAAUUCACACAGGGGAGAAACCAUUCAAAUGUGUGGACUGUGGGAAAAUGUUUACACGGAAUGCACAUCUUAUCGAGCAUCGACGAAUCCACACAGGGGAGAAGCCAUAUAAAUGUGUGGUGUGUGGGAAGAGCUUUGCUCAGAGCUCUCAACUUACUGUCCAUCAACGAAUUCACACAGGGGAGAAACCAUAUACAUGUUUAGAGUGUGGGAAGAGCUUUGCUCAGAGGUCCAACAUUAAUUACCAUCGAAAAAUCCACACAGGGGAGAAAUCAUAUACAUGUUUAGAGGGUGGAAAGAGCUUUGCUCAGAGGUCCAGCCUUACUUAUCGAAAUGUUCACAUAGUAGAGAAAUCAUAUAACUGUACGGAGUGUGGGAAGAGCUUUACUCACAGCUCCUGCUUUAUUCGCCAUAAACGAAUCCACACAGGGGAGAAGCCAUACAAAUGUGUUGACUGUGGAAAGAGCUUUGUUGAGAGUUCAGCUCUUACUGUCCAUCGUCGAGUCCAUACAGGAGAAAAGCCCUAUGAUUGUUUGGAAUGUGGAAAGACUUUCGCUCAGAGUACACAGCUUAAUGUCCAUCGACGAACCCACACAGGGGAAAAACCAUACAAAUGUGUGGACUGUGGAAAGAUGUUUACUCAAAAUGUAAAUCUUAUUGCCCAUCGACAAAUCCACAUAGGGGAGAAGCCAUAUAAAGGUGUGGAGUAUGGGGAAAGCUUUGCUGAGAAACUGAAGCUUACUUUCCAUCAACCAAUUCACAUAGGGGAGAAGUCCUUUAAAUGCAUUGAGUGUGGGAAGAACUUUGCUUCAAGUACAGAGCUUACAGUCCAUCAACAAAUCCACACAGGUUAGAAGCGUAUAAAUGCAUGAAGUGUGGAAAGAGCUUUGUUCCGAGGACUCGCCUUUUUUCCCAUAGACAAAUCCACAUAAGGGAGAAACCAUAUAACUGUUCCGAGUGCGGGAGGAGUUGUGCUUGGAAUACUCAUCUCAUUUCCCAUUGACAAACCCAUACAGGAGAGAAGCCAUAUGAAUUCGUGGAUUGUGGGAAAUGCUUUGCUCAGAGUGCACAUCUUACUGUCCAUUAACAAAUGAACACAGGGGAGAAGCCAUAUAAACGCAUGGAGUGUGGUAAGAACUUUUCACAGAGUUCACAGCUUACUGUCGAUCAAUGGAUUCACAGAAGGGAGAAGCCAUAUAAAUGUGUGGAGUGUGGAAAGAGCUUUUCUCAGAGUUCAGGCCUUAUUGUGCAUCAGCAAAUCCACUCAGGAGAGAAACUAUGUAAGUGCUAAGAGUGUAGAAGAAAGUUACCUUUUAAAAAACCAUCUUGUCACAUAUCAAAAAAUUCCCAAAGGAGAGAAAAUAUAGGAGGGCUUUUGGCUAGGUUUUUGAGGGGUAGUGAAAGUCAGGAAUCUUUCAAGGGCAGGGGCAGGGAGAGAUUUUACAUUGGUUUUAAACUGGAAUUUAUAAAAAUGUUUUGUAAACCACUUUAAACCAUGUACAAGCAUAGGAUAUAAAUGCUUUA